AUGGAGUCCGAUAAUGAUAUUAAUAACCAUUAUAACACUGUAUGCGAUUCAUUUGAUCGUAUGAAUUUAAAAGAAAAUCUUUUACGUGGAAUUUUUGCAUAUGGUUUUGAAAAACCUUCUGCAAUACAACAAAGAGCUAUAAUUCCAUCAAUUGAUGGACGUAAUGUAAUAGCUCAAGCUCAAUCAGGGAAUGGAAAGACAGCUACAUUUAGGAUUGAGAAAUUACAACAAAUCUGUACAACAGAUCCACGUUGUCAAGCUCUAGUAUUGGCUCCAACUAGAGCAGUAGCGAAACAACUUCAAACGGUAGUUUUAGCACUUGGUGAUUAUAUGAAUGUUAGUUGUCAUGUUUGUAUUGGUGGUACACAAGUAUCAACCGAUAUUGAACAAUUACAAUUAGGUCAACAAAUUGUAGUUGGUACACCUGGACGUGUACUAGACAUGAUUAAUCGUGGUUAUUUACGUACACAAACAAUUAAAUGUGCUGUAUUGGAUGAAGCAGAUGAAAUGCUUAGUUUAGGAUUUAAAGAUCAAAUUCAAGAGAUAUUUCGAUCACUUGAUCCAGCUGUUCAAAUUAUUUUAUUAUCUGCAACAAUACCAAAUGAAGUAUUAGAAAUAUCAAAACAUUUUAUGCGUAAUCCUGUACGUAUAUUAUUAAAACAAGAAGAAUUAACACUAGAUGGUAUACGUCAAUUUUAUGUGAAUGUUGAACAAGAAGAAUGGAAAUUAGAAACUUUAUGUGAUUUAUAUCAAACUAUUACAAUAACACAAGCAGUGAUUUUUUGUAAUUCACGUAGAAAAGUUGAAUGGUUAACAAAUGAAUUAAUUGAACGUGAUUUUAUUGUAUCAGCUAUGCAUGGUGAAAUGGAACAAGUGGAACGUGAUAAUAUUAUGACAGCAUUCCGUAGUGGUUCAAGUCGUAUUUUAAUUUCCACUGUUUUAUUAUCACGUGGUAUUGAUGUACAACAAAUUUCAUUAGUGAUUAAUUUUGAUUUACCAACAAAUUUAGAAAGUUAUAUACAUCGUAUUGGUCGUGGUGGUCGUUUCGGUCGUAAAGGUGUUGCUAUAAAUUUUGUUACAUUAGCUGAUCAACGUAUAUUAACAGAUUUAGAAAAUUUCUAUAGUACUAAAAUUAUUGAACUUCCAAUGGAUGUGGCUAAUUUAUUUUAGAAUUAAAAAAAAAUAAUGAUAUAUUCUUCAUAUCAAAAAAACAUCCACACACACACAUGCACACACUAACUCACAUAUACACACAUCAUUGUUUUUUUUGGUUAUCGUUUGAAAAAAAACUAUCUAACAACUACUAAUGAUGAAUAUUAUAUUUUCAAAAAAAUAUUUGUUUUUGAAAAUAUUUUUUUUGGUUCCCUUCUCUUUUUUUUUUGAUGUUCUAUUGUUUUUUCUCUUUAUCUGUUCUGUUUGUAUGCGCCAAAAUUGGCUGAUCUUCAAUUGAUUUUUGUGUAAAAUAAAAAAAUAUAUUCUAAAAAAAAAUGUUCGAAUAUUACAAUUAUAUUAUUUUUUUUCUCAUAAUUUCACAAAAUUCAAUGUAAGUAAAUAACCUCAAUUUUCUUUUUUUUUCAACUUUAUUCUAAAAGAUAUACACUGUUUAUCUUUGACACAUACACAAUGUUUCUAAUGCUUCUUAUUAAUGAGUUAAUUAUUUUUAAUGAAUGUAUACUGAAUACUACACUAUUCUACUUUGAAUUCACCUCGUAUACUGACUGCUACAUUACAUUUCAAAUUUGAUUGGUUCUGUAAAUCAUGUCGGUUUGUUUUCAUGUUCAUUUAUUCUCUGAUUGCUGAUUGGCUAAGAGUUUUCCUUCUGUUCUUCUUUCUACAUGAUCUCGUAUAUCUGAUUGGUCAUUCCUCUUUUUUUUCUCUCAUAUGAUGAGUCAGUUGUGUAUAAAACAAAAAAAUCGAUCGAUUUUUUUUGUCAAUCACACAGCCGUUAGAUUGGAGAAGACACAUCAAACAGGUUUGAGUAAUGAGUCAUAGUAAUAUCAGCUUCAUUAUUAAGAAAAAAUUUGUACCGAGUUAUAAAUUGCAUUGACAAUUCAUUGUUUCAUGUAGCUCUUUGAAAAAAAAAUGUACGGUAUCUUUCAGGUAUCAUCUAGUUCGUUUACUUGAUAUUAUUUGUUUCUGUUGAAGAAUAUCACCAAAAAAUUUAAAAUGAACAUUGUUCGUUUGUUUGUUUUUUUCCGCUUUUUUUUGUAAAUGUGAUUAUUCCUUCUUAUACACUUUUCUAUUCUUCAUUCUAUGGUUUAUUUUGAAUGGUGUUGUAUCAUUAUUAUUAUUAUGAUUGAUAAUAUUAUUAUUACACUUAAAAAAAAUUAUUUAUUAUAGUUGCGGUUAUAUAAACUUGAACUAUAUAUAGUCUUUGAAUAAAAAAAAAAGUUUGUGAAAAU